UUGGACGCCUGUGAGUGUGUCCAGAGCAAGCGGUUGUGUGGUUGUGGACGUGAAAGUAUUCUGUUGGAUUAUACCUGAAUCUUUUUUUACUUUUACGUUUCGAAUAUGUUCGUCGCGUUAUUAAAGCGUAUCACAGGAAAUUGCUUUGUACUGUAAACGCGUACUCUUAAGUUUGUUUCCCCGGAAUCGCCGAUACAUGUUAGGUUUUCCUUGCUGUCUAAGGGACAGGAGUGUUUGAAUCUCCUGCUUUUGGAUACUAUGUAGCCUACGGAUAUAUGGGAAUGCAGCUACCUAUAUAAAACACAUGUUAGCGCGUCUUUGCGAUAGACAUAUUGGAGGGUCUUGCCACAGGUUUAAAAGACUGGCAACAGUAGUCGUAAAUGGAUCGCCAUUCCAGUUUUGUUUCGCUUUGGUUUCAGUUGGAACUUUGUGCGAUGGCCAUUCUCCUUACAAAAGGAGAGAUCAGAUGCUACUGCGAUGCACCGCACUGUGUUGCUACUGGAUACAUGUGCAAGUCAGAGCUUAAUGCUUGUUUCACCAAGGUAUUGGACCCACUUAAUACGAACUCCCCGCUGACACAUGGGUGCCUGGACCCGUUAUUGAACUCGGUGGAUGUGUGCACCAAGAAGAACUUGGACGUUUUAAAGGCAGGCCCUUCGCCUAUUGUGUGCUGUAAUGAUGAUAUGUGUAACUACCGUGGACUGCAUGACAUUGCACACACUCGAAGUGACUCCACAGACCGGUACCAGCCGGACAGCCCGAACCAGAACCUGAUCACUCGAGUCCAGGAGCUGGCCUCUGCCAAGGAGGUGUGGUUCCGGGCGGCGGUGAUCGCCGUGCCCAUCGCGGGAGGCCUGAUACUGGUCCUUCUCAUCAUGCUGGCGCUACGUAUGCUCCGCAGCGAGAACAAGCGCCUGCGGGCACAACGGCAGCAGAUGCUGUCCCGCCUGCACUACAGCUUCCACGGGCACCACCACGCCAAGAAGGGCCACGUGGCCAAGCUGGACCUGGAGUGCAUGGUGCCCGUCACAGGGCACGAUAACUGCUGCCUGGGCUGCGAAAAGCUGCGGCAGGCCGAGCUGAGUGCGGGCGGUGGAGGAGGAGGAGGGGGGGGCGAGCGCUUCCUCUCGCUUGUGCACUGGGGGAUGUACACAGGCCACGGAAAGCUGGAGUUUGUAUGACUACUUCUCGGGACCGCUGCAACGGGACUGAGUUUGCCCUCCGACUGGACUCCGGAGAUGAGGCCGAGGAUACUGCUUAUGCUUGAACUGCAUAGCGUUUGGUUGUUGUUCUUAUAUUAUUAUUAUUAUUAUUAUUAUUUGAUCUUUGUAUUUGUAAUAUUAUUUUUUCCCCAUGUAAAUUGAGAGAGGUGAAAAUAACACAAAAUGUUUGCAUUGUUUUUGUUUUUUCCUCAAUGGAGCACUUUACUUGAAUUCGAACUUGGACGGAGGUGGCGGCAUGGCUGAACCAUGCCUUCCUCCAAGCCCUGUCCUGUGGAUCCGAGACUGACACUGAAAACUGAAGGAUUCAGAAUGCCUGUCUUAUUUGCACAUUUGUAUAAAAUGUUGAGAUGAAUUCCUUUUUUUUUUUUUCUCUCUCCCUUUUUUAAAAAGCGGAAUUUAGAAUUUCACUGACACCAGGGUAUGAAUAUGGACUUUUAUUUCAGUCGUAUUCUAUAAAUAAAGGCUCAGUGUUGCCUGUAAAAUG